AUGAAGCCGCCAAGUAAACAGCUUGUGGAGACCUUGCAGCUUCGAAUCAAGAUUUUGGAGGACCAACUCCUUGCACUGGGUCAAACAAUUCCUGCGUUGGACAGCAAUCCCAAAGCAACUGAUCUUAAGAUUGAAAACAAGCCGGAGACUGAGGAAGCCAACGCCGAUGAGACGGAAGUCUUGCUCCAGCAAAUCACAGAGAAGUGCGGCUCUCUUGCACUUGAUGAUGAUGGCGAGCUUCGAUACUUCAGUUCACAGAAACAUCUUCUUGAGCUAUAUUUCUGUUGGCAGAAUCCCCGGGUAUACAUUGUUGACAAAUCUGUGUUUAUGAGGGACUGGUACAGUGGCGUGUCCACCGAAUAUUGCACGCCAUUGCUUCUUUGGGCUAUGUACUCUGUGGCCGCAAGAUACUCGGACCGCCCAUGUCUACGAACAGACCCUGACGAUCCUUCAACGGCUGGGGUCCAGUUUGCCGUGCACGCCAAGGACCUCCUUCGAUAUGAGUGCGAAAUCACAACAAUUCCUGCCGUGCAGGCCGCCACACUUCUCUCAAUACAAUGCAUGGCAGAAAACAAAGAACCAGCUGGCUGGCUUUACAUAGGCAUGGCAACUCGCAUGGCGUUCAAUCUUGGCCUCAACAUCGACUGCACUGACUUGGUGAAAUCAGGUGUUAUCUCCAAGGAGGCUGCCAAUCUAGAUACCAGUGAUGCUGCUGAAUUCGAGACCUGGGUUCCCUCAACGGAUAGAAUGCGGCAGGCGCCAGUGCUCCGUUCCAGGAUCCCUUCUACUGCGAACUGCAUGUCCGACCAUCUGAGUCUUAUCGUCUCGACGUUGGAUAUCAUACCUCGAGGCGAGAACGUGUUGGUCAAGACUUCCAUCUUUUAUGCUACUGCCCAGCACCUCACAGACGGCAGCACUACCGCAUGUGUAUCAACUACACUUCUGCGAGCCAAGGCUGCAAAAGUCGCACGGGAGGUCCAAGGCUCAGCCUACCCGGUCUACUCCAAGUUUCCAGACCAGAUAGAUCGGUUCCGUGCCACUCGACCAUUUUACGCCCAGUUGGUGGGACGAGGCUUACUCAAGGCCCUGAUCCCAAAGUCUGAUGACGGAGACGCUGAGAGUCUUCUGGAGUCUGCAUUUAUAUUGGAAGAGCUCUAUGCCGUUGACUCGAGCAUUACUAUUCACCUUGUCGGCACCGCUCUUGGGCUGCUCCCUCUUCUCAUUGGUGGCACGCCUGAGCAGAAGCGAAGGUUCCUUACUCCAUUCAUCUCAGGAGAAGGUGACCAUCUCGCAAGCUUAACUCAUUCCGAACCAGGUGGCACAGCCAACCAUCUUGAAAAGGGUGGCAAAGGUCUCGGUGUCACUGCUAGGAAGGAAGGUGAUUACUAUGUUGUCAAUGGAGAAAAGAGAUGGACUACUAACAGUGCGGGUUGGGAUGCCAAAGGCGCCACGCUUUCAUGCCUUUGCGCUCGUUACUCUGAAGACGGAGGACCUGAGAAAGCUGACGUCGACCCAGCCACCACCCUGAUGGUGCUGCUUGUGACUCGAGAGGUAGUGGCUCAGAACGCUCCCGGAGCCUACGAGUUGCUUGAGGAGCCCGACCUUAUGGGACAUAUCGCCGCUACCGGCCCUCAGACACGUUACACAAACUUCAGAGUUCCCAUCGACCACGUCUUGUUUGCUCCUGGUUCGGGUGCGAAGCAGAUCGAAGAGGCCUUCGGCAUCACGGGAGCCAUGGUUGGGGCCAUGGCCGUCGGCACCAUGCGCGCUGCUUUCGAUAAGGCGCUGGCAUUCGCCAAAAACGACCAUAGGGGAGGAUCGGUACCUAUCAUCCAGAGACAGAGUCCCGCUGAUUUGCUCAUCAAUGCCAAGAUGAGAAUCGACUCGUCCCGGGCUCUAGUAUGGAAGGCACUUGACUCCCUCGACAAUGGGCCUGGUGAUGCCAAGGCCCGGUUCGAAGCUUGCUUGGAAGCCAAGAUCCACAGCUCCGACUCGGCCAUCCAGUGCGUGUAUGAGUGCAUGCAAGUAGUUGGCAUGACCUCAUACGCCAAUGAGACAGGCUUCCCUCGUCUCCUCGCUGAUGCUGCUGUAUUUCCGCUUUUUGAUGGAGGAAAUAUUGGUAUUAGACGUCGCCAGUUCCAGAGACUUAUGUGCGAGGAUAGCUAUCAGCCUUGGGCAAAUCUUUAA